UCUGAGGUAAAUCUCAUGACGUUAUUGCUGGCGCUGAUUCAUCAAAAGAAUAAAAUGGAUCGAACCUCCAAACGCAGGCAGGUGAAGCCCCUGGCUGCCUCUCUCCUAGAUGUUCUGGACUAUGACAGCUCGGACGACAGUGAUUUUGAAGUGGGAGAUGCUGACGCCUCAGGGUCAGAGGGCACGGGAAAUGGCAGUGAUGAUGAUGAUGAUGAUGGCUCUAAAGACAGCGCUGCAGGCACUGACAGCGACUCGGACGCCAUCGGCUCCGCAGAUGAGGAGGGUGUUGAUGAUGACGAGACCAAAGAAAUUAACGAAGAUGUCCAGGAAGAGGAGAAAACCAAGGAGCAGCCUUCCUCAGAGGAGACCAGCAGUAAAGAAACAGGAGGGACCUCCAGAAGCCGCAGGAAAAGUGAGAAACCCCCAGACCCGGAACCCAACGGCAGCGGCACGGCUGAAGAAAAUCCCGCAGAGCCCAAGAAGUGGAACCUUCGACGGAACCGACCCAUGCUGGACUUCACCACCAUGGAGCACGAGUUGAACGCGAUGGACGAUUACGACAGUGAGGACGACAACGACUGGAGGCCCUCGGCAGAAAAGAAGAAAAGCAAGGCUGCUGGGAAAGAUAAAGGAGGAGGGAGCGAUGGAGAGGAGGAUGGGGGGAGUGAUGAUGAUGAUGACAUUGAUGAUGACGACGACGACGAUGAUGAUGACGAUGAUAAUGAAGACGGGGACGAUGAUGAUGAUAAUGACAGCAGUAGUGAUGGCGAAGCGGUGGUGAAGAAGUCGAAGAAGAGCAAAUCAAACAAAAGCUCAGGAGCUUUCGAUGAGGAGGAGACCAAUGACAGCCACAGCACGUCACAUGGAAAGGGAAAUGAGGACUCUCUGCUGGAGAGAACUCAGCCAUGGAGCGCUCAGAGGAUGGAGCACAUCCUGAUCUGCUGCGUGUGUCUGGGAGACAACAGCGAGGAUGCCGACGAGAUCAUCCAGUGUGACAACUGUGGUGUGACUGUGCAUGAAGGUUGCUAUGGAGUUGAUGGGGAGAGUGACUCAAUCAUGAGUUCAGCAUCAGAGAACUCCACUGAGCCGUGGUUCUGUGAUGCCUGUAAGAACGGGGUCACACCCAGCUGUGAACUCUGCCCCAAUCAGGACGGAAUCUUCAAAGAGACGGAUGCCGGAAGGUGGGUGCAUGUUGUGUGUGCACUGUAUGUUCCUGGGGUAGCGUUUGGAGACAUCGACAAACUGCGGCCAGUAACUCUCACAGAGAUGAACUACACAAAGUACGGGGCUAAAGAGUGCAGUCUGUGUGAGGACGCCCGGUUCGCCCGGACGGGGGUGUGCAUCAGCUGCGACGCAGGCAUGUGCCGCUCCUAUUUCCAUGUGACGUGUGCUCAGCGGGAGGGGCUUCUGUCUGAGGCUGCUGCAGAAGAGGACAUAGCCGAUCCGUUCUUCGCCUACUGCAAGCAGCACGCUGAUCGCUUUGACAGAAAGUGGAAGAGGAAGAACUACCUGGCCCUGCAGUCUUACUGCAAAGUGUCCCUGCAUGAGAGAGAAAGGCAGCUAACUCCAGAAGCCCAGGCUAGAAUCACUACGCGGUUGCAGCAGUACCGGACGAAGGCGGAGCUCUCGCGGAACACUCGGCCACAGGCGUGGGUUCCUCGUGAGAAGUUGCCCCGCCCCCUCACCUCCAGUGCCUCUGCCAUUCGGAAGCUGAUGCGCAAGGCGGAGCUCAUGGGCAUCAGCACGGACAUCUUCCCUGUGGACACGUCUGACACGAGCGCCAGUAUAGACGGCCGCCGCAAACACAAGCAGCCCGCCCUCACUGCAGACUUCGUUAACUACUACCUGGAGCGGAACAUGAGGAUGAUCCAGAUCCAGGACAACAUCUCGGAGCAGAAGAACCUGAAAGACAAGCUGGAGAGUGAACAGGAGAAGCUGCACGUGGAGUACAAUAAGCUGUGCGAGUCUCUGGAGGACCUGCAGAAUGUCAAUGGGCUGCUGAGGACGGAGGGCCAGGCCAUGUGGAGCGUGAUGGGGGGCAUCCUUGGACAGAAACUGAAUGGACCAGCCAUUUUGAAAGCCCCCAAAGAGAGAAAGCCGAGUAAGAAAGAAGGCGGAAGCCCUGGGAAAUCCUCCAGCCUCCCUGCAGUGCUGUACAGCUGUGGGAUCUGCAAGAAGAACCAAGACCAGCAUCUGCUUCUUCUGUGUGACACCUGCAAGCUGCACUACCACCUGGGCUGUCUGGACCCUCCUCUUACCAGAAUGCCCAAGAAGACAAAGAACAGCUACUGGCAAUGCUCCGAGUGCGACCAGGCCAGCAGCGACGAGGCGGACAUCGCCAUGGAGACACUUCCAGAUGGCACCAAGAGGUCCAGAAGGCAGAUCAAGGGGCCAAUCAAAUUCAUCCCUCAGGAGAUGUCGCCAGAGCCUAAAAAGCCUCAAGUAAGAGGAACGAGAACCCGAGGCCAGAAGAGGAAGAGAGUGUCUAUCUGCGAGGAGGAGAAGAUAGAGGAACCAGCGCCGCGGGAGCGGAGACAGCGGCAGUCUGCACUGCAGAAAAAGCCCAAAGCUGAUGACACCAGGACGGAAUGCACCACCUGCAAAGGCCCCGGCGACAAUGAGAACCUAGUUAGGUUGUGAGAGCCGGGCACCCACCUAUCCCACCCACCCACCUACCCACCCCUCCCCUAAAAACGCCACAGAUGAGAGAGGGACAGAGAGAAGGGAGAGAGAGAGAGAGGCAGAUUAAAUCGUUCCAAGAGGCGUCGUUGGGGUCGGGCAGGAGUCGCAGAUGGCCACCUCUGACCGUCACCUUCGACCGUCUCCUGCUCAAACCGGACGGCGCCAUGGACUUGCUUUCUUUACGCUUUUGGUCCACUGCGAAAUGCGACGCAGACCGAUCUGGAUUACGAACGUAGCGAACGAACGUAAACAUUUUCUCCCUUCCUCCAAAAGUUGCGCUCUUGGAUUUAAACGCUUGCGUUCGAAUCGAAAGGACUGUGGACACUAUUUGAAGCGGACUGUAAGCGGAUUUGAUCUCGAGGACACUUAGGGUAGCCGUUGUGGACGGAGGGACGGCUUUAAGUUGGACUCUUUAAAUUGGACUGACUGACUGUCUUAAACCUGGGACUAUUCGAACGUUUUUCUCCCAAAGCCGUCACUCCUGCCGUUGUCCUGCUUCGUCCUGCUUUGUCCUGCUUGGUCGCUUGACCCAAGGGUCAGGAUUCUGCCUCCUUCACUCCUCACCCACACACCCCUCUCCCUGUCUCUUUCAGAUGGGCCCUGCAUUGCCCUGUAGCCUAUGAUGCCACUCGACUCCAUGCAGUUCCGGCUAACUGCUAAUCACGAGACCCAAUCAGUUUUAUUGAGCGGUCAGAGUGAUUAUUUAUUAGUUUUUUGGCCUGAAUGCUGAGUGUGUCCUCUGUGAAAGCGCAUUACGAAUGCUUUAGAACUGGACCCUGCUGUCCUCUGCUUGUGCAGUGUGAAAUUAGUUGUAGUAGAAUGUAGGUAGAGAUCAAAACCCCCAACCACCCUGGAUCAAUAGUUCCUCAGUGUAGUGUGUUUGCUUGUGUUGGUGCAUCCACUGUAACUCUAUGAUAAGGGGAAAAAAAAUAGUCGAUGUCAAGCAAAGAACCUUGUAUCUCUAUUUUUUGCAGAUCUCGUCCAAAAUUUCUGAUUGAUUGGGCCAAAACAAAUUGAUUUUUCCUUUCCUUUGACUUUCAAUGAAAAUGAAGGAUUUUUCCUUCCUGUAAAAUUGCUAGUUAAGAGAUACAACGUUUUUUUGACGACAGCGACAAUUAACAAUAGUAGUCUCAUAUCUAUGACCAAUAGUUAGAAAGGGUGAAACUGUGUAGAAAGCAGUGCAGUUAAAAAAAAAAAAAACUUCUAUACCUGUUUAUUUAUUUUAUUCUUGUGCCAUUUGAACACUCAUCCCAUUCCGUGUCUUACUGAAGCAGAUUUCUGACAUGCCCUCAAAACAGUCCACCCACCCCCUGGUGCUUUGCGCCUUUGACAGCUUAGCUGCUUUGUGUCCUAUCAGAAUGGCUGACAGGUGUCAUAUGGUGCCCUGAAAUGUUUGCCAUUGGGGGGCGGGUCCUGGGGCUGACUUUGUGCACGCUUGUGGGAAAUCAGCCUCACCCACACCCUCUCUCAGAAAAAAAAAAAUAAAAAUUAAGAGACCACUUCAGUUUCUGAAUCAGUUUCUCUGAUUUAGCUAUUUAUAGGUAUAUGUUUGAGUUAAAUGAACAUUGUCGUUUUAUUCUAUAAACUACAGACAACAUUUCUCUCAAAUUUAAAAUAAAAAUAUUGUCAUUUAGAGCAUUUAUUUGCAGAAAAUGAGAAAUGGCUGAAAUAACAAAAAAAGAUUCAGAGCUUUCAGAUCUCAAAUAAUGCAAAUAAAACAAGUUCAUAUUCAUAAAGUUGUAAGAGUUCAGAAAUUAAUAUUUGGUGGAAUAACCCUGGUUUUUAAUCACAGUUUUGAUAUGUCUUGGCAUGUUCUCCUCCACCAGUUUUACACACUGCUUUUGCAUAACUUUAUGCCACUGCUGGUGCAAAAAUUUCAAGCAGUUGGUUCAGCUUGGUUUGAUGGCUUGUGAUCAUCCAUCUUCAUCUUCAAUUUUUCGUUUUCAAAAGUGGUCUCUUAGUUUUUUUUUUUCUAGAGCUGUACAUAGCGUUUCCUAGCUAGGGAUUUUAAUGCCCUUUAACCUUCAGCACCUCCAGCAUAUUCAGCAUCUUCAUCCUCAGCUAAAGGCCCCCAGCCCACCCGUGCCACCCCUGUAUCUGUAUCGGCCAGCCACAGACAUGCAUGCUCCUUAAGCGUGAGCGUAGUAGUGUUUAGUGGGGUGCACUGGAAUGUGCACACGCAGCUUCUGCUUAUCGCGUAUGCAGCGAGGGUGCGGAUAUUAGUCCAUUAGUCUGGUGAUGUUUGUCGAGCAGGGUAUGCAGCAGCUGCCACUGUAUUUCAUGUGCCUAAUCAUGGACCAUAACGCCACUUAGGGUUCAUUUAUUUUAUUUUUUAUUAUUUAUUUUUUUUAUCUGAAGAAAGAUCCAUUUGCACUCCAUUUUUUUUUUAUAAAAACUGUAAUUUAUUUGCGUAUUUAUUUCUGUAAAUGCCUUUGUCUCCAGUUUGAACAUGUGUUCAAGUCUUAGAUGGACUGAAAUACUGAAGUAGUAGGUUGCAUUUGUUUGUGAGUGAGUGCAUGUGCAGUGUGUGAGUAAACGUACUGUUUCCGUGUGUAAACACACAUAUGUAUGUGUGUGUGUGUGUGUGCGAGUGUGUGUGUGUGAAUGUGUGUGGUCUCAGAGCUGUGGCCUCUGCAUUGUGCAAGCUUUAAUAAACUCUUGACUUUUUCACCUUA